CGUCUCAGCUGCCGCUGGGGAGAGCAGUUUCCGGAGCACCGAGGGACCCACCAGCCACCGAAGAUGCCGAAGCCAAUCAAUGUCCGAGUUACCACCAUGGAUGCGGAGCUGGAGUUCGCCAUCCAGCCGAAUACCACGGGGAAGCAGCUGUUUGAUCAGGUGGUGAAGACUAUUGGCCUCCGGGAAGUGUGGUACUUUGGACUCCAGUAUGUGGAUAAUAAAGGAUUUCCUACCUGGCUGAAACUUGAUAAGAAGGUGUCUGCCCAGGAGGUGAGGAAGGAGAACCCGCUGCAGUUCAAGUUCCGGGCCAAGUUCUACCCCGAGGACGUGUCCGAGGAGCUCAUCCAGGACAUCACCCAGAAGCUCUUCUUCCUCCAAGUGAAGGAGGGGAUUCUCAGCGACGAGAUCUACUGCCCCCCUGAGACCGCGGUGCUCCUGGGGUCCUAUGCCGUGCAGGCCAAGUUCGGAGACUAUAACAAGGAACUGCACAAGUCCGGGUACCUCAGCUCAGAGCGGCUGAUCCCGCAAAGAGUCAUGGACCAGCACAAACUCACCAGGGACCAGUGGGAGGACCGGAUCCAGGUGUGGCACGCGGAGCACCGCGGGAUGCUCAAGGACAGCGCCAUGCUGGAGUACCUGAAGAUUGCUCAGGACCUGGAGAUGUACGGAAUUAACUAUUUUGAGAUAAAAAAUAAGAAAGGAACAGACCUUUGGCUUGGAGUGGAUGCCCUUGGACUAAAUAUUUACGAGAAGGAAGACAGGUUGACCCCAAAGAUUGGCUUCCCUUGGAGUGAAAUCAGAAACAUCUCUUUCAAUGACAAAAAGUUUGUCAUUAAGCCCAUCGACAAGAAGGCGCCUGACUUCGUGUUCUACGCACCCCGCCUGCGGAUCAACAAGCGGAUCCUGCAGCUAUGCAUGGGCAACCACGAGCUGUACAUGCGCCGCCGGAAGCCCGACACCAUCGAGGUGCAGCAGAUGAAGGCGCAGGCCCGUGAGGAGAAGCACCAGAAGCAGCUGGAGCGGCAACAGCUGGAGACCGAGAAGAAGAGGAGGGAGACGGUGGAGAGGGAGAAGGAGCAGAUGAUGCGCGAGAAGGAGGAGCUGAUGCUGCGGCUCCAUGACUAUGAGCAGAAGACCAAGAAGGCGGAGAAGGAACUCUCCGACCAGAUCCAGCGAGCCCUCCAGCUGGAGGAGGAGCGGAAGCGGGCACAGGACGAGGCCGAGCGCCUGGAGGCCGACCGCGUGGCCGCGCUGCGCGCCAAGGAGGAGCUGGAGAGGCAGGCGGCGGACCAGAUAAAGAGCCAGGAGCAGCUGGCCGCAGAGCUCGCCGAGUACACGGCCAAGAUCGCUCUCCUGGAGGAGGCGCGGCGGCGCAAGGAGGACGAGGUGGAAGAGUGGCAGCACUGGGCCAAGGAAGCCCAGGACGACCUGGUGAAGACCAAGGAGGAGCUGCACCUGGUGAUGACGGCCCCCCCGCCACCGCCGCCGCCCGUGUAUGAACCCGUGAGUUACCACGUCCAGGAGGGCCUGCAGGAGGAGGGCGCCGAGUCCACGGGCUACAGCGCCGAGCUCUCCAGCGAGGGCAUCCGGGACGACCGCAACGAGGAGAAGCGCAUCACCGAGGCCGAGAAGAAUGAGCGCGUGCAGCGGCAGCUGCUGACGCUGAGCAACGAGCUGUCCCAGGCCAGAGACGAGAACAAGAGGACCCACAACGACAUCAUCCACAACGAGAACAUGAGGCAGGGCCGGGACAAGUACAAGACGCUGCGGCAGAUCCGGCAGGGCAACACCAAGCAGCGCAUCGACGAGUUCGAGGCCAUGUAGAGGCCGGGCCGCCCCGCGGGCAGGCGGCGCCCUGCUGCAGGGCUCUGCCGGUCGGCCCCCCGCCUCCCGCUUGCACCCUUAGUACUCUAAACCUAGACACCCCUGUCCUGUCAUACUCCAGUUCAUUUCCAGAGAGCAGUUCUCCCAGCCGAGACGUUCCGGGCUGGGAGCCAGCGGAAGCCUCCUGGGUUUGCUUUCCCACUUGUACCAUUGUGCCAAACAGGCCUGGCUCUGGGAGCACUCGAAUCCCUUCCCGUGUGUGUGUGGAGCAGGCUGGAUGGAGUUGAGAGUCGGCCUGUGUGAGACGAGGUCGGGGUCAUUAAAGACCACGGGGUGGCUCACACCGUGCCAUCUCUUCCUCUGUUGAAAUGAGCUCAGAUUGAUUUGUUCCUGAUUGCUACGAAGCCUCCACCCGUAGCUCGUGUUCGGAGGGUGGGAAUUGGGGUGCCAGUCGAGUCCGAAGCACUGUCCCGCCCUCAGAGUCCCCUCCAUUCAGUUCAGCCGGCAGACCUGCGCCGUCAUGCAGUGAGCAGCGUGGGAGGAUGCUUGCUAAGCUUUUUCUUGUUUUUUUUUUUUUUUUUUUUUUGCUUAGCCUUUAGAAUCCACCAUUGGACUUACACACCUGAUCAGUUAGAGUGUAGUAUUUAUAUAUAAGUGAUAAUAGGGGUUUGUAACGUUAGUUUUAAAAAGGGAAACUUUUGUUCUGUAUAUUUUGUUACCUUUUACAGAAUAAUAAAAUCCUACAUCAGAA